AUGCACACAGAGCCCUGCCACUCUCGACGGCCUCCACCUCUCACGCUGCUGCUGCGUGGCUUCGCCGCCGGGCUGCUGCUGCUGCUGCUGAUCGCGCUAUCGAUACGCAUACACAGAGGGGCGCUCUCGGGCGAGCCGACCGCUCUCGCGUCCUCCAGCGCCCUCGCAGCGGCCUCCUCCGCCUUCACGCGGACUGCGAACAGGGCGUCUGAGGCUGCGUCAGCGGCCUCCUCCGCCUUCACGCGAACUGCGAACAGGGCGUCUGAGGCCGCGUCCGACACAUUCGUCCCCGAGCGGUUCACUCCGCCCUCCGGCCUGCCGCCUGGGACCACGUGCGAGUACCUCCCGCCGUGGCUCGAGGCGGCCAUGAACAGCAUGGUGGCCAAGGCGGUCCAGCUGGUGACGCGCUACCCCACCCUCUCGCAUCUUCCCAUCGACGCAAAGGUCCGCGUCGGGCUCAUCGACUACGACGUGCGCAACAUCACCAUCGUCGACCUCUCCCUCUCGCAGAUCCGGAUGGGCGCCUGCCGCAAGCCGAACGUCCUCACCGACGGCGCCACGGCGGCGCAGCAGGCGGCGGCCAGCUGGCGCCCCGGCCUCUACCUCGCCCGUCUCUGGGACGCGCUGACUCACCCCGGCCUCUACCUGGGCGAGGCCGGCGGCGAGGCGAGAGCCGCGGCAGCUGGCUGGCGGCCGGGCAAGUACGCGGGGCUGCUGACAAAGUACACGCCGCAGCUGCUGCCAGACGCAUACGUCGUGCGCGUGCGCGACGUCAACGUCACCGAGUCGGUGCGCGCGCACUACGCCGGCGUGUACGGCCUGGGGGCCUUCGGCAUCGACGCCGUCUGCCAGCUGCGCGGAGAGCUCGAGGUGGUCGCCGUGUACUCGCGCCCCGCCGCGCUGGGCGGCACGACGGGCAACGACCACGGGGAGGUGGUCGAGGGGGGAGGGACAAAGGUGACGGGCUGCAACGCACUCUUCGACGUGCGCUCGACCGACCUGUACGGGCCGGGCGGGCUCGAGCUGCAGGAGGUCGGCACGCCGGUCUCGCUCCCGUUCGGGCGGCUGCUUUGCUACGGGCCCGCGGCGCUCGCCGGUCCGCUGUCCGGCUUGGUCGGCAUCAGUCUCGCCGGCGAGGCGAGGGCGCUCGCGGCGCGGCUGAGGGGCGAGUUCUCGGGGCUCGCCCCCAUGCUCAACGACGUCCUCCGCCGCUACUUGCCCGGCGAGGAGUAUGAAGGCUGGUACCUGGGCAAGUACGCCCAGAAGGGCGGCGAGGUGCUGCACGCCGAAGCCAGCGCGCGGUACCCCAGCAUGAUGUAUCUGGGCAGGGCGGCCGACGCCGUCGCGGUCGCCGCAGGGGUCGUGCCGCCGAGGCCUCCCCCCGCACCGUUCGCGCCGCUGGCACGUUGGGACGAGCAUAGAUUUUGGCAUUAG